GCAGCUGUGGGAGCGGGCGGGAAGCGGCGGCGGGAGCGGGCGGGAGACGGGCCGGGCCGGGCCGGGGCCCCGCCAUGUGAGAGACCCUGACAGCGCCAGGUGAGCAGCGGGCGGGGCGGGGCGGCGCGGCGGGACCGGAGCCCGCGCUCCGGGAGGGGUCCCAGCGCCCUGACAGGCCCCGCCCGGGCAGCGGCGGCGGCGGGACGGGUGGUAGGGCCGGCGGGCGAGGCCUCGGGUCUGCCACCGGCCGGCAGCCGUGGGGCGAGGCGCGGGGCGGGCCGCUCUGCUGCUGCCGUCGCUGGCCCCGGCCGCCGGGCUCGCCCCGCUCCGGCCUCCUCUCGGCAGGCGCUGCCGCCGCGUAACCCGGGUGUGUGUCCCCGGUGUGCUUCUGGUUUUGCCGGUGGGGGAGGCAACGCGCGUUGUGCCCGGGUCUGCCGAGGAGGGCCGAAGCCGCCGGCAGCGCGGGCCGGGCUGGGCGGAGCGGGCGGGGGCCGUGCCCGCCGUGGUGCUGCCGCGGCCGCCGCUCCGGCAGCGGAGCUGGGAGCUCUGGCGGAGCCCCGGUCUCUGUAGUUGCAAGGGCACCUCAGAAUCCCCGCAGCUGUGCGUGGCGUGCAGAAUGGGGGUCACUUUAUCAUAGCCGCAGCUGAGGGGGACCUGGGAGCACGCCUGGGCAGUCCCGGAAAGGCCGAUACGGGAGAGCCCGGUGGCCGGGAGCAGACGCGGGGGGCAGACGCGCCGCGGCCGGUGCGGGGCACCGGGACGUGCCCGGGCUUCGCGUCCCGUGAGUGCGGUCCGACAGCACUGGCGGGCUGGGGAAACACCGGGAAGACGUGUUCUUCGGAGCUGCUUUACAUCUACUGCAGUGUUGCUGAUACCUAGAGAACAUAGCUACUUCAUUGCUUGGAAGAAAAACUGCGGCCAAAAAGUUAUGAUUUGAUGAAGAAUGACUAAGGUUAUAUAUGUAAAAAAAAAAAAAAGUAGACGGAUUAAAACGCAUGAUACUAAUCAAAUAUUACCUUGGCAGCAAAUCAUUUAUUGCUGUCAUAGCAGAAGGUACAAAAGCCCUCUCCCUUCCCACGUCUUAGAGUUCCAGGUGUGUGUAUAUAUAUGUAUUGCAAGUCCUGUGCUAUCAGCUGGGGUUUUACACCAGUAGAGGCUUCUCAAAGGCUACAUCUCAAAGUUGUCAGAUACUCAGAAAAUGUGGACAGUAACUAUUUAGGAUUAGAUAAUGGGUAUAUUAUGAAAUUUGUGCACAAAAUAAAAGCUUGUGAUCAUUACUUGUAAGUUUUUGCUGAUUUAAAGUUUAUGUAUCAUAAAUAUGCCCCUCUGAUUUAUUUAUCUGACAUAGUACUUUUGCUGAUCUUGGCUAUCUCCAGUUUACCUUCUAGUAACUUUUCUGCGUUAAGAAAUAGAUACAUACCUGUAACGGCUUUUGUAAUAACUUGACUUCUAGAGCAAAAAUUUAGAGAUUAUUUGUGUUGACGUUUCUAAUCGUUGGGUGAAACUUUGUGCAUCAAUAGUGGAUUUAUUUUUACUAUUUUAAUCACCUCCAUACAGGCAAGCAAUUGUGGGGAAGACAGUUUGAGAAUAAGGGACAAAGGUGGCCCUGGGACUUCAGUUUCACAACUGCUUUCUUUGGAUAUUUGCUCAAAAAAGGCUCCUGGGUUUUUUUUUUCUAUGAAAUGCUAACUGUGUAGUUCCAGUGAUUUCCCCGCUGCACCACACUAAGCAUUUGAGAAUAGGUGUGUAGUGUUACCGAUACUAGCGUGUGCGUAUACACACACAUAAAUUAAAAAUAAUUGGUUUUAAUUUUGAUGUUAAAAUCAUCCAGUCCUUCAAGUGGUUUUCUAUUAAUCAUGUUGUGAGUGUUGGUGAGCUAAAAAGAAGUCCUUUUCAAUUUUUGUUAGAAACAAGUCUGAAUUAGCAAAAAUAAUUUCUGUGGCACUUGUAGGGGUUUAAUGUAUUGCUCACCCAUGCAAACGGUGGGAUAAUGUUCUGCAACACUUUAGGAACGCCUGCCUGACAGACGUGAGUUUUACUCUCGGCUUCGCUGCGGAUGUUCAGUACUUUGAGCAGGGGGUUGCCCCUCCGUCUGCAGAGGAGGAGCAAUGACAUUGACUUUCACUGUAGUGGUCUGAGAUCUGCUCCUGAAAGCGUGCGAGAACUAAGUUUUCUAGCGACUACGUUUCAGCCUGUACUAAUUGGCGUCAGUUUCUGGGAAAACUGGGGGUUUCCUGCAUUUUUAUGAGGUAAUGUAAUGAAGUUUUAAAUUGUUGUGUCGUCACCACUACUAUAACAAAAUAGAAGUGAAGCAGACUCAUUUUCAAAGCUGUUUUCCGAGGAAUAGUGGGAGAUAAGCAUCUUUUAUGCUUUACUACAGAUAAUUCGCUAUUUCAAGUUUUGGCCAAACUGUCUGUAUUUCCAUUGAUUCCAGUGGGAAGGGUUUUUAGCUUAGUUCAAACUUUCCCAAAACUUAACACACCUUGUGAAUUAAAUUUCUGGAGUGAUUUGUCAGUGGUUAACCUUUGGAGGAAUGAGGAAUAGGAAUGAAAUCCUGUUUUGUUAAGAAAGGAACUAAUUGCUUCCAUAGCCAUUUAUUUUUGAGAGAUGUGGUUGUUCCCAUGACUUUUGCAUUACUCUGUCAUUAGACUACUAGAAAGGUAGCUUAGUUCUCAUUCAGGGUUUUUUUUGGAUGGCUUUUGAAUCAGGAAUCAACUGUACUGUAGACUGUUCAAAGCGGUACUGAGCUUAUCAAAAGUAUGGGCAGGGAGUUUAUGUGUAAACAUCGGCUUGUGCUCGCUGUUUUUAAUCAUAUUGGCCGUUUUGUUUACCUGUUAGAUGCGAAUCUAACAGAAUGAUGCAUUAAACUGAGCUGGAAAGUUUUUGAGAUCGCUGUAGUUGUAAAAGAUGCAUAAACAUAGUGCAUUUUAUCCUGUUGGAGACGCUGCAGACAAAACAAAACUUCAUGCUGCAACAGAGAUAUUACCAGAAUUUUCUGUUGUGCUGUAGCAUCUCUUAGGAUCUGCAUGUGAACUCUUUGUUAAACUUCCAUCUGAGUUCACGACAGUCACUUACUCUGAGAUAUCAAAAUUUCAUGUCUGUAUGCAGCAGUCUCUCCAGUUGUAUCUCCAAUGUGUCUAAGUUUAAAUAUUUUUGAGUGAGUUUAAAAGCAAAGAAUACCAAUCAACCUAAGCAAAGAUUGUUGCUUGAUUUAUUCUUCUAUGGAUAGUAAUGCUUCUAGAAUUCAGCUUUGUAAUUCCCUGGAAACGAAGAAUUCACAAAAGAGGAGUAUAAAUAAGAGUGAUUUAGGAAACGAUGCUGUUUGACGUGACAAAUACUCGAGCAGCAAGCCCGUACUUCUUUAGUGUUCCAUUCAAGGGAAGCUUUGAAAGAAAAUGCGUGAAACUAUCACUUCAUGUGGUCAAGCAGAUACUUGCCAUUUUACCACCAAUCUUAAAGCCUGUUGCUUUGUGUCAUUAAUUUAUUUGGUUUUAGUUAAUAGGCAUGUGCCUGUGAAUUACUGCUACGAGAGAACAUCUAGGAGACCGAAUGCAGAAAGACUAAAGUUUUCAAGAAUUUUUUGCUUACUGUAGUGCUAUGAUUCGUGUGAUGUUACGUUAAAGAGCUUUUAAAUGUUAGUUCUAUGAAGUGCAGUCAAAGUUUAGAAAAAUCUAGUUAAGCUCCAAGUGUUUCCUUAAGCGUCAAGUGGAAACAUUCCCCCCGUCAUCCUUUCUGUGGUUUAAAGGAGUUGUUUUAAAUUUAUAAAUAUAUGUGUCUCUGUGUGUCUAUGAUUUUAGUGCGUAGAUUAGAUGGAGAAGUGUGUCAUUAGGUAUAUUUUCUGUCACCAGGAGGAUGCCUCUGGCAGUGUGUUGUGUAGACCGCAAAAUACACUGCAUGGGUGAGCUGAAAAUACACAAGGCUCUAUUUUUAUUAUUUAUUGCAUGUGUUUCCGGAAAAACUUUUAGUGCCAUUGGUUUUUAAAUCUGUUAAAAAAACCCCCAGUAGUAUCUGAUUAUUUCACUUGAGAUAAAUAUAAAAUAAUGUAGUGUCCUUCAUGCUCUCUAAAGGGCGGAGAAUUCUUAAGAAAAUGGCUGCUUGAAUUUAGGGAGAAUUGAAGCAAAACCCAAUGCUACAUAUUUACAUAGUGCUGCUUAUAUUAUUACAAGUGUGCUGUAGUUCUGCAUGAAAUUGUCUCAAUUGUUGGGAGAGUAGGGUUUUUUCUUCUUUUUUUUGCUUGUUUAUUUUGGGGGCUUUUUGUGUUUUUUUGGUUUUUUUUUAAUGACUAUGAUAUUAAAAUCGGUUUUCUAGCUGUAGGGAAGCUUACCAUGCUUCGGGGGCCAGACUCUCAGUGAAGCAGCGGUGCUGUGUGUCACACUGCAUACGGCUCUCCAAGGGCACUAGAUGUUGGCUUUUAAAAGAGAAUAUAAUAAUUUGCUGUUAUGAGAGGUAUAAGCUGGUAAAAGAUUAUAUGAUCAGUUUCUUCCUUGUAUUCAAAGACUAUUUAAAGCGGACUGUCUUAGAAAUGCCCCUAGACUGUGACAUAUCUGAUAGCAGGUUUUUUUUCGGUACAGCCAGCAUUAAUUCCCGUGGCUGCUGUAAUCUGAGGACUAAGGCAAACGCAAAUGGAGAGGAGUGAGAGUGAUGAAGAUUUUUGCCCUAAAACUUCCAUGAUCACAGCUGAUAGGGUUAAAAUUCUCUUGAAUUAUGAUACAUUUUUGCAAUUAUGUCUUAAGUUCUCCCAGAUGGUGUAGUAAAUACUGAAUCCUACCAAAUGCAAGGGAGGAGUCCACUGAUUUAUACAAAUACCUGGGGUUUUUUCUUGCUUUUUCUCUGUAUUCUGAGCGGUAAUGUAUGGAGCGUCCAUUCUUGAUGUUGCGGAGCGCUUUUUUUGUUUUAGUCUUAAUUUUCCUUAUGAUCCCUCUAACUUUUCUAUGUGUUUCUGUUUUCAGACACAUGCUACAACAGUAAUGAUUUGUAAUGUGUGUUUUUUCCCAAGGAACCCAUGUUGCUGAGCUAAUUAAAGAAAAUGCAAGGGAUCUUUUCUCACAUCUUUGUGUUACUUCAAUGAACACUUUUGUUGGAAGACAUAGGGCAGCGAUCCACUCCUAGUAAAUUCGUACUGUGGUCUACGUUUGCUGUAUAAGACCCUGAUGAAUAAAUGUAAUGCAGACGCAAAGAGAACUGAUACGAUUCUGUUGAGUGUGACUGGAUCAUCUCCUACAGAAAUAGACAGGAGGCUCAACACAGAGCGCCGCUAAGACUUAGUGAAUUGGUGUCCAGUUCUGGCCUGGGCUUUAAAACUAGAAAGACUUCAGCCAAUUUCUCGCAUACAUAAUAUCGAUGAAAACCUUAAACACUGUGAUCUACUUACGCAGGAAGGUCAAGAGAAGACCUAUUCAUAGACAGGUGCCCAGAGGUGGUCUUAAAUUUUACAGGGCUUUAACCUAACAUUACAGUGUCCCACAGGCAGGGUGGAAGCUAGAGCAAGACAAAAUGCAUUAUUUUUUAACAAGGAGAGUACCUAACAUGGCUAUGAGUUGUCUUAGCUCUCGCUACCGCCCAAACGCUUGAGUCUGUAUAACUGUCUUCAUUCUGAACUACUAGACCGUGGUCUUGGACCCAAAGAACACAGGUCACCUCUGUACGUGCUGAAGUGUCGUGGAAGGUAACUGUCUGGUUAACUGGAGAGAUAUUUUUUUUUCUUUAGAUCAUACAGUGGAUGUGUCCAAAGCUCACUUGUGUUUUAGAGUACCUUUCUGCUUCAGUUUAAUGCCUCUUGCCUCAGCCCAGAAGAGAAGAGGUUAGGGAUGCAUUUCAACUUGGAGAAAGCUGUUAAGAAAUUGAGGGGUUCUUAUUAACCUUUUCCAGGACUGUUUCAGGAAUACUUCAACCAGAAAUCAUAUUGUCUUGAAAGAGCUACUGGCCUGCCAGCAUUGAUGAAUAAUUGAGUAUUGUUAUGGUACGAUACCCUGCUGAAGAAUAUUUUGGUUAAUUCUACUGGAAUUUGAUUAUGAAACUGCUAACUUCAUUCUGUAUACAAAUAAAAUAAAACCUUCUUGAGUGUGGGAAUGUAACCUAAAGAUUACUUUUAUUUUCUAGAGAUAGUGACAUUGGGGAUUUACGUGACUAAAUAAGAUCGUUCUUUUUCUAACCAUUAUUUAUCAAUAAAGCGUUGCUGGUGGCGCCUGCUUCUCUGAAACGUGUAAGGCCCAGAAUUUUUCCCCAGUCUUGCCUUCCCAAAUAGAUGGAAGAAAGUUGGGGUGCCUGGUAUUAACCUCAGCAAAAUCACUGCAGUCUCAGUGCUGUCCCUGCUGCAGCCCUGCCUGCUCCCGAAGGUGGUGGUUAUUGGCAGCCUCGUCAGUUCCAGGACCUCUGCAACUAGAGAUUUCAGAGUUUGGCUGAAAGUGAAAGAAGGGUUUCCUUCUCUCAGCAGCUGCUGCUGCGGUUCAAAAUUCUUGUUGUUUAACCCCAACUUCCUACAGAUGUUUUCAAGAUCGCAGGAAGCAUGCGUCCUCAAAGGAAGAAACUAAGGUGGAAAAGUAGUCACAACAAGUGCGUGAUGUAGCUUGUUCACUUUCUUUUUUUUUUUUUUUAGAGCAGAUGGGUAUAAAACUCACGGUGUACUGCUUUUUUGGGCUGUGUUUUGUGUACUUGAUCUGUUUGUUUGCUUCCAAAGCAAUACUGUAUGUUCUCUUGAUCCCUGUUUCUGGUUUUCGCUGCUUAUCUGCCACAUCGGCAGCCAGACUUACAGACCUUUAACUCCAGCAUUCACUCCACUCACGAACAGGAUUUGUGCUGUUUCCUCCUAACAUUUUCAGGAGAAUAAGCUGCUUUGUUUCCCAAAAGAAAGAUGAAACGACUCUGAGACCAAGGAUGUAGAAUUGCUUAUAUAGAUAUGCCCAUGGAGAUAAUUAGCUGUGCUAACGGAGUUGUGAUGUGCAAGGAUCACUGAGGGUCCCUUUCCUCUUGGCAUCCCUCUCUUCCCGGUUCUCAUGGUCUGUGUUCACGGUCCAUUUUCGAUGUGUGGCCGUGUCCUAGGGAGUGUAAAUUCAGCUAGAGAUGCUAAGAUGCCAUGAUCAAAAGAACAUUUAUUUUUUUUUCUCCACGGUAAGGUAUAAAAUGUCCAUCUUCUUUCUAUCGGGUGCCUAUCCUUAAUUCAUUCCUUUUGUCUGAAUUAGUGCUAGUGGUUAUAGUUAGUAUUUUAACAUUUUGUCUAGGACUAAAUUGUGUCUGUUUUGCUGAGUAAGAGCCCUUAGGGAGGUAUGGGGCAAGGAGGAGGGCCACUUUCUAUGUGUGACAAACUUUCUGUACAUUCUAAAUGCCAUAAAAAGGAGUAAUUUCUGGUGGGAUUUGACGGAGGCUUGACCAAGAUCUGGUUCCUUAGCUCAAGGAUACAAAAUGAUGCAGGAAUGACAAAUUAUCACUGCUGGGGACCAGUCUUGUAGUCUGCACACAGUCCCCAGUGUAGGUGACUUGUCAGUUCAUGUCACUUCAGGUCGACAAAAGCUCUUCCUCCACUUAGCAAAGAGCAGCUUCAUCAGGAACGUCCUGAUGGCGCUUGCAUCUGUGCGUAGCUCCCAAGCCCCACAAAUGAGAGGCAGCGGCCGCGCUGGGUUGCGAGGAAGCCCCGCCGCCCCAUCGGACGAGGGGGAGUUGGCAAACCUGUGUCCCAACGGCGGAGGGUCCUCCCAGCGGAGUGGGCGCUUCUGCGGGGACUUGAGCAGCGGUGCCCUGCACGGCGUGUGGGGAUGCUCAGAGUAACACGGUUAAUCGUGCCGUUUAGCCACUCCGCUGCUAAAUUGGGUUUGUUUGUUUGUUUGUCGUAACGUUUGAUUUCUGACCCAUGCCUGACUUGCAUCAGCUCACAAGCUCCAAGUCGUUCUGUAGCUUUGUUCACUGAAUGAAAGCCCUGUCCUGCCAAAGCUAUCUUUGUGUAGAUGGCUGCAGUCGUAUCGCUUCUGUUAACCACCGUUUAGUCCUUAUUUCCCUCAUCAGAUAUAAGAGCAUAUAAAAUGUCUUUUCCCCUACUUUUACAUAACAAGUGCAAAACCUCAGAUGAAGUCGGGUUUGCCCAUUUCAAUCUAUGACACAUUGGUAACCGACAGAACAUGUUUAGCAACUCUGAUAACCUGAUUUUGAAUGCUCUGUGAGAGUUUUUGACCGUUUUCUAAAUCAGACGUAAUUUUAGUGAGGUCAGGAAGCUGGCUGUCUUCCUUCUCUCAGGAAAAGUUGUUCCAUUGUGAAGGUUAUGAAUGUUAGUCUUAAGUGACAGUCAGCUGAUAUAGCUCCAGUUUGUCUUCGUUGGGUUUUUAUCAUAUUCCUACCUGUUGAUUUUGUUUUUAGAGUGCCUGAAUUUUCAUAAUUUGAUUUAAAUUGUUCAUAUGUCCCAUUACAGCAUGUAACAUAAGACAUAAAUAGGAAAAAAAAAUCCACUAGUAUGUUGUGAUACAUUGGACAUGCUUCCUGCAUCAGAAGUCAAUGGAUGAUGUUGAGAUCUGUUUGUUCAAUUGGAAAAACAGAUUACUCUUUACAUCAGUAGAAAUGGACAGCAGCAGUUUCAUUCAGUUUGAUGUGCCCGAGUACAGCAACACUGUUCUGAGCCAGUUAAAUGAACUCCGCUUGCAAGGAAAGCUAUGUGACAUAAUUGUGCACAUUCAGGGUCAGCCAUUUCGAGCCCACAAAGCUGUCUUAGCUGCCAGUUCUCCGUAUUUCCGUGACCAUUCGGCAUUAAGCACCAUGAGUGGCUUAUCAAUAUCAGUUAUUAAAAAUCCCAAUGUUUUUGAACAGUUGCUUUCUUUUUGUUACACUGGAAGGAUGUCCUUGCAGCUGAAGGAUGUCGUUAGUUUCCUAACUGCAGCUAGCUUUCUACAGAUGCAGUGCGUCAUUGAUAAAUGCACACAGAUACUGGAGAGUAUCCAUUCAAAGAUCAGUGUUGGUGAUGUUGACUCUGUCACUGUUGGUGCUGAAGAAAAUCCAGAAAAUCGCAAUGGAGUUAAAGACAGCAGCUACUUUGCCAAUCCCAUUGAGAUCUCUCCCCCCUAUUGCUCUCAGGUGCGACAGGCAGCGGCAGGCAGCGAUCUUAGGAUGGAAACUACUCCAGGCAAAACCCUACGCGGUCGUCUGCAAGAAGAAGGGCAUUCAGAUCGAGGAAGCAGUGGGAGUAUCUCUGAAUACGAGAUUCAGAUUGAAGGUGACCAUGAGCAAGGAGACCUGAUAGUAAGGGAAAGUCAGAUUGCAGAGGUGAAAGUUAAAAUGGAAAAGUCCGACAGGCCAAGCUGCUCUGAUAGCUCCUCCCUUGGCGACGACGGAUAUCACACUGAAAUGGUGGAUGGAGAGCAAGUGGUGGCGGUAAAUGUUGGUUCCUAUGGGUCUGUCUUACAACAUGUUUAUUCGUUUACCCAUGCCUCGUCACAGGCUACAGGCGUGUCUGAAACCUUCGGAAGCCUGAGCAAUACGAGUCCUUCAAGGUCAAUGCUGAGCUGUUUCAGAGGGGGUCGUGCACGCCAAAAACGGGUAUCCGCCGGUCACUUGCAUAGCGAUGUUCAGGGCUUGGUGCAAGGGGCUGACAGUGAAUCCAUGGUGAGUAACCCAGGAUAUGAAAAUAGCCCACGGGAAAGAAAUGCCAGAGGUCACUGGUAUCCAUACAACGAGAGGCUAAUUUGUAUUUACUGUGGGAAGUCUUUCAACCAGAAGGGGAGCCUCGAUCGACACAUGCGAUUGCACAUGGGAAUAACCCCUUUCGUGUGCAAGUUUUGUGGGAAGAAAUACACCCGCAAGGACCAGCUCGAGUAUCAUAUUCGUGGUCACACAGAUGACAAGCCCUUUCGCUGCGAGAUCUGUGGAAAAUGUUUUCCUUUCCAGGGUACGCUAAACCAGCAUUUGCGAAAAAAUCACCCUGGGGUAACAGAGGUAAGAAACAGGGUAGAGUCUCCAGACAGAACAGAAGCUUUUGUGGAACAGAAAGUAGAUAAUGAUGCUUCAGCUUCUGAAGCUAUGGAUUCUAGUAUGGAAAUUCAUGCAAUGUCUAACGCAUCUGAUUAAAAUAUUACAUUCUAAGUGCAACACAAACAAGCACAUUACUAAUGUAUUUUUAAAAUCUGUUACUCUCUUAGUAAUCUUCAGUACAAGUAUAACAGCCUUUUCAUUUUUCUGACCUUCUGGAAAUCAGUUUGAAAUGGUUUCCGGAGAAGACUACAUGAGUAUUCUUUGUUUUUGAAGGAGGCUGGGUUGGUUUUGUUUUUUUUUUACUUUUGAAGAUGCUCAAAAUGUAAAAGAUAGUGUGCUGGGGAAAGGAUAGGAAGAGUCUGCUAAAGUGUCCCUACUGGUUCAUCUGGCAAGACACAAAUUCCAGUGGAGAAAGAUAUUAGAAUGAGCUUGGCAGCUCUGCUGGAUACGCCAAGAAGGUGUCAUCUCCCGUGUUUUAUUUCCUAAAUCCUGUUGCUGGUAAUGAGUUACACAGCAGUGGUGAGAGAGAAUAUUAGAACUUUGAUUCCUUCCGUGUGUCACGAUGAAACCUGUUUGCUUUUACUAACUGGUUUGGGUAGUUAGUCUGUUUAUAUAUAUAAAUUUGCUUUAUAUAUAUAAAACACUUUCACUUUUCCUGUUCUGGUUGAGGUGAAUGUAAAAGUACGUCAAGGUUUAUACUAUGUACGACUUUCAACUGCUGGGUCUCCUCUCUGCUAAGGAUCUAGGACUUCAGACUUUGGGAGGAUGGUUUUGGUUUUAAAAGAAUGUUGUUUGGUUUUCAUUUUAUUAAACUAUUACUUUGUGUGCAAAAGUGAGCAAAGUGAAUUACCUUGUUUUAAUAGCUUUGCUUUAUAACGUAUGUAAACCAAAUGCCAUAAAUCUAUUAAAUUAUGGUUAAAUUGUUGAGGGGUUUUGUUAGUUGUCUGGAACGCAAGCUGGACAACCUGUGGUGCUGACCUUUUUAUAUAUAUAGAGAUAGAUAUAUCUAUAUAUAUAUUUAAAAAAAAAAAAUUAGCAAACCUAAAAGUAGCAUUGUGGUUUUAAAUGUGUUUUUACUGGCCUCAGAAUCUACCUUCAUUUCGUACUGUAGAACCAUACCAGGUAAUUAAAUUUAAACUUCAUCACUCUUCACGGUUGGGCGAGACCUGGGAGCGAUGAUGUAGUUUAAACGACAGUAUUUCCAAGCAGUGUUUUAAUAGGUCUCUUCACAGAGAGCUGUUUUCAGGUGCACAUUGACUUCCUACUUAAAGCUCCAAGUGAUACGUCAGCACUUGGGAUUUGUACUUUUUUUUGUAUAAAAAAAACAAAUACUCUAUGGGAAUUUCGAGCAAUAUGUCUGUUAUUUCAUGUGUGAGUAUUACAGAGUUGCUAUGGCUUCCCUCCUAUUUUCAGUGGUUGUUUUCUGCAUAAAGGAACUACCGACAACUUUAAAAAUACUCUACAUCUUUUUGUUUCACCAAACGUUCUUUUUAAUAUGGUGCUAACUUCAUCAUUUAGGUCAGUAUAAUAUAUAAAAUGUGAAACCUAAUGGUAACAGUUAAGCAAAAGCAAAAAAAAAAAAAAAAAAAAAAGGGCAAAAAAAACCCAAAACAAAAACAAUCAAAAAAAAAAAAGAAGAAAAAAAAUCCCCACCACAACAAAAAAACCCCAACAAUAGCUUAAGAGACCUCAAAAGCAUGAACUGGCAAACACUACUGUGUAAAAUUCUACCCGGUGAACAGAACUAAACGAGUCACAUGCUUGAUUAAAAUACAGGGUUUAGACGAUUGGGCCUUAUGUUUGUUUAGCAGAUAUUGAAAAUACAUCCAUGAACAUGCUGUUUAGCUCCUGGAAUUUAGAAAGUAAAAGCUGAUUCCUAAAUUUACGGGAAAGCAAAAAGGUAGGUUUGCUGUCUGGUGAAGCUUUUUUGGCUCCCGUGAGGUUGGGGCGUAUUUGUGCAGUAGCUUUAUUAAAUACACGAGCUCGUACUAUUGUGACAGUCUGCAAUAAGAAUGAAUUUCACUAAAUACAGAUUCCCGGUGGAAACCCCGCCUGCUCCGUUGGAGCAGUUUCAGUUAAAUUGAGUACGGAAUUUGCCUCUUUGUCCUAAAAUUGCAUAAAUGAAGAGGCCGAGGGUGGGGAGAUGUUUCUCUCCUUGAAGCAACAAUAGAACUUUCGUUUCCGGCAAGGGCAAGUUUCUGUCCGUGUCUAGGGAAGGUAGUCUGUAUGUUUACCCAUUGAAGAACAUGUUGGUGUUUCUGAUACUGUUUUUUUCCUAAAUGUUUGUUUUAAGUAAUUAAAUGCAAAAAAAAAAAAAAAAAAAAAAAAAAAAAAGUGUUUUGAUGAAUUAAGUUUGAGACAUGCAAAAUCCAAGAAAUGUGCAGUUAUUCUUAACCCUUUAUCCGGGACCUGUGCUGUGGUGCCUUUGGUGUGACUUGUUCCGUGGAAGUACGAGUUGAGGAGAGCAGGAUGUGGGUACUAAUUUUACAUUUCUUGAAUUUCUCCAUGCCACAAUCUUAACGUUAUUUAAAGCUAGUUCUUUGUAUUUGUAAAUGUAUUAAAAUGGUUUGAGUUUACCAAAGAGUGACUUAUCCAAAAUUGUCUCUGACAAAAACAAACAAAAAACCAUCGCGUUGAUUGUACAGGUUCAGGUUCAAAACAUUGUAACGGGACUGUUACGGGGCAGGAAAUGAUCGCUUUUUCUACAAAAUCACGAUUCAGCAGUUCGCAAGUUCUGCUUGCUCCUAGUCGUGCUGAGAGGCCAUUUACCCUUUCCACUGCUAGCAGUGUUAAUAAUUAUCAAGCCAUAACACAGUACUGUAAAGCGCAGCAGUGCUUCGAAGGACGCGUCCGUAGGCGAGCGGAUGAUAAAACGUCAUCCAGCGUUACAUUUACACUUACAAAGUGUGAGACUCUGGUAGACAACGAACUUCAAACCUGGCGACAGCAAUUAAAUUGUGCCUUGUCACAUAAUGGUCUGCCAGGCUUAACAUUGCCAUGAAACAUGAAGCAUUCUCUGACUGAAGUUCAUUUCACGAGCCCACCCAAGCAGAGGACGCUGUGGUAUUUUAAGCAAACUCCAGAAGUACUGUACGGUGUCUUGUGUCUGUACAGUUUUAAGUUAGCACAGAGCUGUUACACAUUUCAUUUACAAUAAAUGCAGAAGUCAAUAAAAAUACGUGAAGAAAUAUUUGACAGCAAAAUAAAUCGUGAAAUUAUAUAGGCUGGUUCAUAAUUGAGUCUCUUCUUAAUCUACCUUUUUAAUUAUAGACAAAUGUGAAAACAGUGACAGUGUCCUUUCCUCUAGAUGUUUAACCUAUUAUGACAAACUGUGAAAAUAAAGGAUUUUAUACCUUUGCUAAUGUUUGUGGGUUUAAACAGUUAUUUUCGUUUUCUUAAUCAGUUACCUUCCGUAUUAUUUCUUUUAAACUUGUAAAUACAUUUAGAAAAUAGCUUUGUAAAUACUUACAGUAUAUUAAAAGUUCCGUUUGGUCGAUAAGGCCUCAAGAUUGGCUCCGCUUUUGUAGCGUGAAAUCUUGCGACAGCAAAAAGGAUACUGUCAGUUCACUGUUCAGCAGAAUAUACUGUAGGCCUAAAUUGAUAGUUCUUAACGCAGUCUUCCCAAGCAUAAAUUCCUGGUUUAUGCUGAAGCCUUUGGUUUACUUUUAGGCAAAAAAAAAAAAAAAAAAAAAAAAUGAGGCCUCUUAAUAUGUUUAGGCUGAAUUAUGGGAAGAACAGCAGGAAUAAAAUCAAGGGCUGGGAAAAAGAUUGAAUGAGCUUUACCUUUAAAUAUAUAUAUAUAUAUAUAAAAAAAAUCUUAUUUGAAUUUUUGUAUUAGUUUACUGUGAUUCUUUUAUUGUCAUUUUUCUAAACAGGUUUCACAUGAAACCAUUGAAAGGGACUCAAAUAUGCAACACCUAAUCUAUUUUCCAAGGGAAUUUUACCCUUGAAUGGUGCUUUUUGACUGGUCAGGGUUAUUUAUUAAAUUUUAUAUUUGAAAGUAUUUGGGGAAUUAUGUAAAUUCUUUAUAUGAAUCUGUUUAUUUCAUGAAUUGUAAAUUUCAUAAUACUCAGUGAUUGAAUUGGAAGUUUAGCAAAGUCAUUCAAAAUGUUCAAAGUUUAUAAUCUGUGUGCAUUUUACAUAUAUUUUAACAAGUGCCAGAAUAGCUGUAUUUAAUAUUGUAGAUUUAAUACUACUUGCACAUCCCUGUGACAGCAUUAACUUAAGUUACACACGUUUACAUUUAAGAAAUAAAAAUAAAGCUAAACAAAGAAGUAAGCCUGGGACACGCGUCCCUGUAUUUGCCGGGGGGUGGGGGGCGCGGGUUGGGCAGCGGGGCAGGUUUUGCCGGUGGUUCCUGCGAGCGGCUCCUGCUGCGGGACCACCGGGAGCUGCUGCCUCCCCCGAGACACCCGCCAGGCGCUGGGCCCCGCGCUCGCCCCGACCCGCCGCCCCUCUGCGGGGAGAGGCAGAGCUCUUGCACGAUUUUAACAGUGUUUGUUUCUGACUGAAAAGUCGUAUUUUUAAGUAACUUUUAUUUGUAUGGUUGUUUUUCAUGGUAAAUAAUUGAACAGUUUGAAUGACUUGACUUGGUGUCAUUAUCUUGCAAUAUAAACCGGUAACCUCACAACUCCGCACUUCAUCACCCUAUGAAGUAAAUGAAGCUAGCUAAGCUGAUGCUGUAACGAUUAAUAACUUGCCAUUAAGGAUUAUUUUAUAGCAUGAAUUUUAAAGUAUUUAUUCAAAUGAUAUUUUACUCUUGUAUUCACUUUGUUUUUAGAUUUGUGACAUGAAUAUUUCAGUGCUGCUUUAUUUUGUUCUGAUGAAUUUGUUUCUUGCUUGUAAAUCGCUUUU